UAAACUUAAAAUGGGGGGAACUGGGAAGGAAAGAAAGCUGGAGAAAAUUGGGGUCGAUCUGUUGUGGUGUUCUACAGAGUAGAGACUGCAGGAGUGUAGGCGUGGAGUGGAAGAAAGACGACGACAUGGAGAAGAUUUGCGUAGCAGUUCGAGUAAGACCUGCCGUCAGCCAAGAAGUCCCGAAUGGGACUUUUUGGAGGGUGGAAGACAAUCGGAUCUCGUUGCACAGGCCUCUUGGUACCCCUGUCUCUGGUGCUUCUUAUGCUUUCGAUCAUGUUUUCGAUGAAAACUGUACCAAUGUCAAGGUCUAUGAUCUUCUUGCCAAGGACAUCAUUCGAAGCGCUGUUGAAGGAUUCAAUGGAACUGCCUUUGCGUAUGGACAGACCAGUAGUGGCAAGACUUUUACCAUGAAUGGUUCUGAAAAUGAUCCGGGAAUUAUUCACCUAGCUGUGAAGGAUAUAUUCCAAAACAUUCAGAUGCAAAGUGACAGGGAAUUUUUAGUUCGAGUUUCCUACAUGGAAAUUUACAAUGAAGAAAUCAAUGAUCUUUUUGCCCCCGAGAAUCAGAAGCUUCAAAUUCAUGAGAGCCUGGAGCGGGGAAUCUUUGUUUCAGGCCUGAGAGAGGAAAUUGUGAAUGAUGCUGAACAAUUGCUUAAACUCAUUGAAGUUGGACAAGCUAAUCAGCACUUUGGUGAGACAAAUAUGAAUGCUCGAAGUAGCAGAUCCCACACCAUAUUCAGGAUGGUUAUUGAAAGCAAAGGCAAAGAUACAAUUUCUUCUGGAGAUUAUUCGAGUUCAGAUGCCAUCCGUGUAUCUGUCCUGAAUUUGGUUGAUUUAGCUGGAUCUGAGCGGAUUGCAAAAACUGGAGCCGGUGGAGUGCGUUUGAAGGAAGGAAAACACAUUAACAAGAGCUUAAUGAUUCUUGGAAAUGUGAUAAACAAAUUGAGUGAUGGUGGGAAGCAAAGGGGGCAUAUUCCAUAUCGAGAUAGUAAGCUUACUCGGAUACUGCAAUCUGCUCUUGGGGGUAAUGCUAAAACAUCUAUCAUUUGUACAGUAGCACCAGAAGAGGUUCACAUAGAGGAAACAAAGGGAACUCUUCAGUUUGCCAGUAGAGCUAAACGCAUUACCAAUUGUGCUCAAGUCAAUGAGAUCCUGACUGAUGCAGCCUUAUUAAAGCGACAAAAGCUAGAGAUAGAGGAACUACGUAAGAAACUUCAGGGAUCUCGUUUGGAGGUUCUGGAGCAAGAGAUCUUGAAACUGCGUAAUGAAAUGCUCAUGUAUGAAAAAGAACGUGAAAACCUUGCAACGGAACUCGAGGAUGAGAGGAGAUCACAUAAAGAACGAGAUAGGUGUUUCAGGGAACAACAGAUGAAAAUAGAUAACCUUAGUAGCUUUGUUACAUGUUCAGAACAUGCUAGUAACUCAGUUCAGUGCAGCAGUGAGCAUUCUGUUCCACAUAGUGGAUUAGGCCUUGAGAACUGGGGGAAGUUUUCUGUAACACAAAGCUUCAAGGAAGAAGAAAGCCACAGGAGAAUAUCUGCAGAUGGUUUUAGGACACCUUGUUUUAAAGCGACUCCUAAUGCUUUCGUUGUAAAGCGUUCAAAUUAUUCAAAGUUAUCUGAUUCUAGCCCAGUGCCAGAUAACUUUUGUGAUGUUGCGGACGAAGACAUGUGGUUGAAGCUGAACAAAGGCUUUACUACUGACCUUGAUUCACUCCAGAUUACUCCUAGCAGGAAACCACAGUCAUUGCCAUCAAGUACUGUAUCUCCUGGUUAUUCCAUUGAUUAUUUCAAAGAGGAGGUUCAAAACUUGAAGAGAAAAUUGGAGCAUACUAUUGAUGAAAAGAAUGAACUUGAGAGAGAUCAUGCUAAACAACUACUUCUGAACGAUCAGCUGAUGAGGGAGAUGUCUGAACUUCAGCAAGAAUCAUCAUUAAUUCGAGAAAUCCCACAGAAAAUGUGUGAGUCUGUAUCAAACUGCAAGGAUAUUUAUAAAGAUGUUUUCUCAAUCAUGCAGAGUUUUGUAGCUGAUGAAAGGUCAAUGGCUUCGAAAUUACUUUCAAGCACAAGAGAGAUUGGUAUAACCCUCUUCUCCACUUUAGAAGGCCAUUUUGGAAUGGCUACUGGAGGUUACAAGGUUGUGACUGGGGAGAGUUCUUUAACUGAAGAGCAACAAAAAGUGCUUCUUGAGCGUUUAAGUGACACAAUUACAAAUUUGGCAUCUUUGGAAACACUAAAUGUUGAACAAAAGUAUUUGAGGACUGCAGCAUGCACCAGCGAAUAUGAGGGACCAUCUACGGGAGGGGUUAAUGCCACUUUGGCAGAGAAGUUUGGCAGUGAUCUUAACACAGUUACAGAGAAAUACCAGUCCCUGGAUAAAGAAUUUCAUUACAAUAGCAAGCUCUUGGAGGCUUCUAUUGAAAGAUGCCAUAGCUUGGAAAGAGAGUGCAAUCUAAUGAAAGAGGAGAAGGCCUCUUUGGUUCAGAAACUAUCGAAAUCCUCACAGAAACUUGCGUUGGUAACCGACCAGAAGGAGAACGUCUUGAACGAGUUGAACUUAGAAGUACAGAGGAGGAAGGAUCUUGAGAAUAAGGUAAAGCAGUUCAACCAGGAUUUCACUCAUCAACGAAGAAUCUUCAUGUCUUUCCGUAGUGAGUUAAAAUCACAAAUGGAGAAUUUCAAAGCCCAUACUCGUGCUCCAAUAUCAAAUCUGCUUGGAUAUUGAAGAAAGAGGUAGGUAGGUGCUUCUUUUAUUUUGUCUACAGUAGAGGUGCAUUGUGAUGGCUUUCCGUAACUGUUGAUGAACCUUGAAUCUCCUUUGUUCAAGGAUGGUUACGUGAGGCUUUCGGUAGUUUAUCUAAAAUUGAAUUAUUUUGUUCCUUCCUAUCUGUUGGUGUAUCAGUGUAUCAUCAUUGAUGAUGCAACGUUGACAUGUUGGUUUGAUCUGGUCCUACAGACAUACUCGGAGUAUUGUUCAAUCGGUGCCUGCCCUGAGGGUGAUGUCUUACUUACCUAGCUUUUAUUAUGUUGAUAAUUCAUUAUCCAAAAACGGAGGAUAAAUAUUAAUAUUAACUUAAAUACUUCUGUAAAAUGAAGCACCAAUUAUGUUAAUUAUUCACCAUUAAUCUGGUACACUGAAA